AUGGCCAUACUCCACCGCAUAUUCUCGCGGCGAACUCUAGCCUACGUGACGGGCGGAACGGCGGCAGUGCUAGGAGGUGGAUACUGGUAUUUGAACUCUGGGCCAGCUUACCCAGUGCCGACGAAGACGACACGCCGACCGCCACCGCCAUGGUCCCCACCAUCAAGGGCGGAGAUGCUCAAGGAGCUCAAGGCAUCGGGCAAAGUGACGACUUUCAAGUCCGGAAGCCCGCCGAGCGAAGACCAAGAAUUUGACCUGCUGAUCGUCGGAGGAGGUGCUACGGGCGCGGGGUGUGCGGUCGAUGCGGCGAGUCGGGGUUUGAGAGUAGCGUUGGUUGAGCGGGAUGACUUUGGUGCCGGCACGUCGUCGAAAUCCACCAAGCUCGUCCAUGGAGGCGUUCGAUACCUCCAGAAGGCCGUGUUCGAGCUCGAUUAUGAGCAGUACAAGCUCGUCAAUGAGGCGUUGCACGAACGGCGGAUAUUCCUUCAGACGGCGCCGUAUCUCUCCAACAUGCUGCCCAUCAUGCUUCCGAUUUACAAGUAUUGGCAAGUUCCUUACUACUGGGCGGGAUGCAAGAUGUACGACAUUCUGGCUGGAAAGGAGAACAUGGAGACAUCGUAUCUGAUGACGAAAGGCAAGGCAUUGGAGACCUUCCCUAUGCUCAAGAGUAACGGGCUUGUGGGUGCCCUGGUGUACUACGACGGACAGCACAACGAUUCGCGAAUGAACAUCGCGCUGGUCAUGACUGCCGUCAAGCUAGGAGCCGUUGUCACCAACUACUGCGAAGUGACGCAACUGCACAAGGAUGGGCAAGGAAAGCUGAACGGUGCACGAGUCAAGGACAACCUUACGGGCGAGGAGUGGAACGUUCGCGCAAAGGGGAUUAUCAACGCAACUGGCCCAUUUACCGACUCCCUACUCACGUUGGACAAUCCCGCGCACCAACCGAUCGUCCAACCGUCGUCUGGUAUCCACAUCACCCUCCCGAACUACUACUCUCCUCGCAAAAUGGGACUCCUUGACCCCGCGACGUCCGACGGACGGGUUAUUUUCUUCCUGCCCUGGCAAGGCAAUACCAUCGCUGGAACCACCGACACGCCUGCGAGGGUCACCCGUGACCCACAAGCCUCCGAAGACGACAUCCGGUGGGUGCUCGAGGAGGUGCGGAGCUACCUCUCUCCUGACAUCAAGGUGCGCCGUGGCGAUGUGCUGAGUGCAUGGAGUGGACUGCGUCCUCUGGUGCGGAAUCCUGGGGCAGAGAAGACGGAGGGCCUCGUUCGCAACCACAUGAUCCAUGUCAGCGAGAGUGGCCUCUUGACGAUCGCUGGCGGCAAGUGGACAACAUACAGGGCGAUGGCGGAGGAGACAAUUGACCAGGCCGUGAAGACCUUCGGUUUGGACGGCAGGGUCAAGUCGGGAUGCGUGACGGAUACUGUGAGGCUCGUGGGCAGCGAUGCCUGGAGCCGGAAUAUGUUCAUUGGUCUGAUCCAAACGUACGGGCUUGAGACUGAGGUCGCCAAGCAUCUCUCGGACAACUAUGGUGAUCGUGCAUGGACAGUCUGUUCGCUUGCAGAACCUACUGGCGAGCGAUGGCCUCUCCAUGGAAGACGACUGAUCUCAUCAUACCCUUUCAUCGAUGCAGAAGUGCGCUAUGCGGUUCGACAUGAAUAUGCUCUCACAGCCAUCGAUGUCCUCGCUCGGCGCACACGACUCUCCUUCCUCAAUGCUACAGCAGCAUUCGAAGCUCUUCCUACCGUGGUCGACAUCAUGGCCGACGAACUCGGCUGGUCAUACCGCGAACGCAGGAGGCAGAUCAAGGCAGCGGUCAAGUUCCUCGGCACGAUGGGUCUACCGGCUACACUCAUGGUGGAGGACAACCAUCCCGAACCGAUUCCCAAAGGCUGGAUGGAGAGGGUCGAGAGGGGCGUCUGGCGUGCUGGAAAGAGCGCGCUUGUGCUCGUUGGGCUCACUAAAGAGAAAGCGGACAGAUUGGAUGCUUUCGGCCCUGGACGGAGCAUGUUUGAAGGGGGCGAGCUGGCUGCCUUGCGCCAUACGUUUGCCACAAGGACGACGAAGAAUGGCGAUGGCGUGGAGAAAGUCGGCACGGAAGAGAUCCUUGAGCUCUUGAAAGAUGUCCCUGGAUACUCUGAGGUCUCGAAGAAAGAGCUGGACUACGUCCUUGAUGAGGCAGGCUUCAAGGAUGGUCGAGUCAACUUUGAUGAGUUCAUCGAGAUUUGCGGUAAUCUUAAGGAGGUAUCCUUUACGCCCUCUUCUGUUACGAACAGGAUGACCAUUCCGGUUGAAAAGAGUGGGGGAGGUGUAUAA